GUUCACUGAGUUGUGACAAUGUACCAGAGACAAAGUGUAUUUUUUUCACAGUAAAAUUCAGAUAUUUGGAGUACAACAGAACAGUGGGUCACUGGGUCCCACCUUCAUCUUUGUGCAACAAUUUCCCUCACAUAAACCCCAUAAACCACAAAAAAUCCCAGCAAACCAGCAACUAAAUACAGCUUGAUUCUUAAAUUUGAUCCCACCCUUCAAUUUUUUUGUUUGUAUAUUAGUCCAGGAAUUUUCCCAGAAGCAGAAAUUCAUUCCUUUUUGUUUUUGUAUAAUUGAAUUGAAUCAAAUUGAACAAGAAAACCCUAAUUUGAAUUACGCAGAUAAAAUCUUCCUUCUUUUCCUCCACCGCCUUACUUUAUCCAGAUAUUUUUCAUUAAUUUCUUAAUUUCUAAGUUACAAUGAUCAUCUAUAAAUUCUCUUUUCUCCCUCAUUUUCCCUCCAUUUUCUUACCUUAUUUUUUUCAUAUUUGUUCUAAAUUAUGGAUUCUGAUGAUAAAUUGUCUUUUCCACCAAUACCCACUUCAUCUUCUACUCCAAAUCCACCUGAGUCUUUCUCAGUUAACCAAUUUCCUGAUCAAUUUUACCCAUCUGGGUCUUCCCCUCCCUUGAAUUUCCCUAUUUUUUCUGAGAAUUUUAGUGGAGAAUUCCAUGGAAAUGACCCAAUUCCUCAACCAUUAGAUUGUUUACAAGGAAACCCAAUCCCCCCAUUUUUAUCCAAAACUUAUGAUCUUGUUGAAGACUCAAAUUUAGACCCUAUAAUUUCUUGGGGUUCUAAUGGACAAAGCUUUGUAGUUUGGGAUCCUGUGGAAUUUGCUCGUCUUGUUCUUCCAAGGAAUUUCAAGCAUAAUAACUUUUCCAGUUUUGUUCGUCAGCUCAAUACUUAUGGUUUUCGUAAGGUGGAUCCCGAUAAGUGGGAGUUUGCGAACGAGGGUUUUUUACGUGGAAACAAACAUUUGCUGAAGAACAUUCACAGGCGGAAAUCGCAUCAUUCUCAACAGCUUACUUUGUUAGGAGGGUCUAGUUCUGAGUCUGAAAUCGGGAGUGAGAUAGAGAAGUUAAAGAAAGAGAAAAGUGAGUUGAUGCAAGAAGUAAUCGAACUGCAGCAACAGCAGCGUGGAACUGCUCAACGCGUAGAAAGGGUGAAGGAUAGACUACAGGUGUCCGAGCAACGACAAAAACAAAUGGUGUCGUUCUUGGCGAAAGUGGUUCAAAACCCUGUGUUUGUCGAUCGUUUGAAGGAAAUGAAAGAACAGAAGACGCUUGUUUCUCCUCGAACGAAGAAGAAGUUUCUAAAGCAAAAACAGCAUGAAGGAGAUACUUCAGUUGAGGGCGAAAUUGUGAGAUACAGAUCGGAUUUCGAGGACUUGAAGGAUUUUCCAUCGUCCGAAAUCCCAAUGUCAAGUUGCCCAGAUGAUCUCUUGCAAGAUGUGGUAGGAAAGAGUAGCGGUGCGCAAAUUACGCCUUCUCAAAUCGGAGAUAUUCCAAUGGUGUACAUGAAGAUUCCGGGACCCAUUGGAGCUUCAAGUUCUGGGGUCGGGGAUCCCUUCUCGAAGGGUAAACAGGUGUUAACCUCUCAACCCGAACCUAAUCCUGAUUAUCUCGUCUCAUUCCCUGAGGAGUUGUUGAGAGAAAGAACUUUCCCUGCAUUUUCUUCUGGAAUCGGAAACAUGAUCAAGCAAGAGGAAGUUUGGAGUAUGGGUUUUGAUCUUAGCACUGAUAUCUCGAGCUCAAGCCCUGCAUUAUGGGGUGAUAUUGCUGACUACGGGCUUCCAGAGAUCGGAACAUCCUGUCCAGGCGAGUUUUCAGAUGUGUUGGACUUAGGUGCUCUUCAAGUGGGAAUUCCCGGAGUCGAGAAUUGGUCGGGUGAUGAAUCUCAACUUGGCCGCCCCGAGUCCAAAGACGAUGUUCCCAAGAACAAAUAAUUCAUAGGCUGCACUUUCUUAGCUAAAAUAAGUGCAGCCUUUAUAUGGUUUCUAAGCUUAGAUUAGUAUAUAAUUGAUCGAACUAUUGGCUUGAUCAUUGAAUUUACGUAUAUUUUUUGAUUGAUUUGAGCUUUCAUUUCUUCAAUAUAUGUUCCUAAUCUCAUCGUUUUAUCAGC